AUCCCGGGAGGGAAGGAGACCUUUGGAGGCAAGCAACUUGAGUUUGGCCACUCAUCUCUGUCCCUCACUUCUAAAAGGAUGACUCCUGACUGUCCCCCCACGUGCUGCCCUUCUUCUGAGUCCCAUGCAGGGGUUUCUGAUGGGGUAACCGCUUCUGCCUGUUCCGUGGAAACCACCUGUCUCCCCAGCACCUGUGCUGCAUCCAGGUGCCAGACCCCGAGCUUCCUGUCCAGGCCUCUCCUGCCGUGCUACCUGACUGGGAGCUGCAAUAUCCCGUGCUUGGUGGGGAACUGCGCUUGGUACGAGGACGGGGUGUUCAACAGCAACGAGAAGGAGACGAUGCAGUUCCUGAACGACAGGCUCGCCAGCUACCUGGAGAGGGUGCGCGGCCUGGAGGAGACGAACGCGGAGCUAGAGCGCCAGAUCCGAGAACAGUGUGACGCGGACGUCCCGCUGGUGUGCCCCGAUUACCAGUGUUACUUCAACACCAUUGAGGAUCUCCAGCAAAAGAUUUUGUGCACGAAGGCAGAGAACUCACGACUUGCCAUACAGCUUGAUAACUGCAAACUGGCGGCCGAAGACUUCCGGUCAAAGUACGAGUCUGAACUGACUCUUCACCAGCUGGUGGAGAGCGACAUUGGAGGCCUGCGCAGGAUCCUGGAUGAGCUGACCCUGUGCAAGGCCGACCUGGAGGCCCAGGCGGAGUGUCUGAAAGACGACCUGCUUUGCCUUAAGAAAAAUCAUGAAGAGGAGGUCGACUCACUUCGUGGCCAGCUCGGUGACCGACUCAAUGUGGAGCUGGACAGUGGCCCCAUCGUCGACCUCAACGGGGUCCUGGAGGAGAUGCGAUGUCAGUAUGAAACGGUGCUUGCCAACAACCGCAGGGACGUGGAGAAAUGGUUCGCUGUUCAGAUGGAGGAGCUGAAUCAGCAGCAGCUGUCCAGUGCCGAGCAGCUGCAGGGCUGCCAGACGGAGAUCCUGGAGCUGAAACGCACAGCCAGUGCUCUGGAGAUUGAGCUCCAAGCCCAGCAAAGCCUGACAGAAUCCCUGGAAGGCACCGUGGCAGAAACCGAGGCCCAGUACAGCGCCCAGCUGGCCCAGAUGCAGUGCCUGAUCGACAACGUGGAGAACCAGCUGGCGGAGAUCCGCUGCGACCUGGAGCGGCAGAACCAGGAGUACGAGGUGCUGCUGGACACGAAGGCGCGGCUGGAGGGCGAGAUCGCCACGUACCGGGGCCUGCUGGAGAGCGAGGACUGCAGGCUGCCCUGUAACCCCUGCUCUACAACAAGCACGUCAGGCGACACUUGUGAGCCGUGCCCAGCGUACGUCCUCUGCACGAUCGAGAACCGCUGCGCGUGAGGCCUCCACGCAUGCCCAGCACGGCAGGCAGCGGAGGGACCGCAGCCAGCAGCGUCCUAGAAGGGAGGCGGGGCUUCGGCCAGGACGUCCGACCUUGAAACUCAGGUCAAGAAGACUCUUAUAUCCUAAAGUCGUCCUCUACGCGUCCUUGGUAUAUCUCUGCUUUAUCAUUUCCUCUCCUGCCUGCUUACCUGUGACAUUCUAGGAGUCCGUAAAGCUUUUUUGCUAAUCACCAAAUAAAAUGUAAUUCAUUCUUUUAGCGUGGUAAAUAUAACUUUUCAGCUUAUUACUCUGGCUCUAAUAACUCCACCCAAGUCAGCAAAUAAUAACUACUUGAUGUCAAGGUGAUUGUCUAAACCAAUGCCAAUAGUUCGAUCUUGCAGAAGCCCAAGCUAAAAAUCUAUUUGAACACCUAAAAUACAAAUAGAUUAAUCCAUAUAAAAUGUAAGUAUCAUAAAAGAUAGCUGUAUGUAUCUUUCUGAAAGGAAACUUAGAAAUAAAAUAUAAUACCUUUCAGUUUAUUUUUAAUUAUAAAAUACCAGAUUCCUUUUUUUUUUCAAUUUGCCCCAUGAAGUGGGUGGGGAAUAAGUCAUAAUUCCAUACCCUUAACAUCUAUUGUCAACAUUUUGGGAAAUUACAAGUUUUCUUUCUUAAAAUAGGUUUGUCCAUAUAACGUAUCACAGUUACAUCUGCAUAUAGUGGUAUAACCUAUUGUCCUCACUAUGUGAUCUAAGCAUUUUCAAUCUUAAUCAAUAGAUGAGGAGGGACCCCCCAAAACCCAGAAUU